UGAGGGCAACAGACCCCAGCUGAUUGUAAGAGGUAGGCGGGUAGUAAAACGUUCUGGGUUCGAUUCUUUUCUUGGCAUUACUCUUGUGUUAGCAGCAAAGUGUUAAGCCAGAAACAUGUCUGUCUACCCAGAGCACGGCGGCCCACCUGUCUUGUACCAGCCUGGCACCAUUAACACCGUGGUCAUCCAGCAGCCAGGUGUCGGCGAGAGGCCACUCAGAGACUGGAACUCUGGGGUCUGUGCCUGUUUCGAUGACUGUAAAAUCUGUCUGUGUGGAACAUUCUGUGGCACUUGUCUUCUAAUGAGGAAUGCCAAGAGAUUGAAGGAGAACUGCUGUAUACCAUGUUACGUGCCCUACGCCUUUACGGCCAUGAGAGUGAAGCUGAGGACGCAGGAAAAUAUAAUUGGUUCCAUUGACGGCGACUGUUGCAUGGAAAUGUGUUGCUUCCCUUGCGCCAAUUGCCAGAUGGCCAGAGAGCUGAAAUACAUCAAGAAGGCCCGCAAACAAGCCCACCACUCUCAUCAUUAAUCAAGUGGCCGAAUUAUCAAUUUAAAAGCGCACUUUAAAUAUUUGGCCAAAAAGUGGAUCUCUCAUUCAU